AUGAAUCCGUUGAUUACUUUAUUUCCUGGAUGUAUAAUUAUACCAUUAAUAUUCUUUAGAUCGACGGCGGAAUGUAAUUCAUAUGCUGUGAAUAACACGAGUUCUGCCGAAAAUAAUGGCUGGGCCUAUCCUGAAUUUGGAAAAAUAUCAUUGCACACUACAGGAAGAAGAUCGGAAAAGUAUCCUAUACAAAACUUUAACCGUGAGCCUGAUCGAAAUGUGACUUUAAAACGCGGAGGGAAAAACUACCAUAAGCUAUCAUCUGAAAAAAUAACCAGGCAUAAAAAUAAAUUCAAAAGUGCUCGUCGAAAAAACAUAAGUCCUCGUUACACGGACGGUGAUACUUCAGAAACGAAACAUUAUCAUACUUUUGAGGAGAUACAUGAACAUAUAGAGGACGAUGGCCAGUACCAGGCAUCUGAGCAAAUCGGAACCCAAUCUAUUCUUCACGAAAAUGAAAAGGAUCAUUCGAAUAAGAAGGAGGGAAAGCGCAUGAAAGUUAAAAUAAAGCAUCAUCAUCAUCAUCAUCACCACAACCACAUAAAAGAGAUCAUCAAAACAGUACCCCAGCCGUAUCCUGUCGAAAAAGUUGUGCAUGUACCCAUCGAGAAAAUUGUGGAAAAAAUUGUGCAUGUUCCGAAACUUGUUAAUGUCACGGUUGAGAAAAUAGUUCAUGUACCAAUUGAAAAAAUAGUUGAAAAGGUGGUGCACAUUCCAAAGCCCGUCCACGUUCCCAAACCAUACGUCGUUGAAAAAGUUGUGGAAAAAAUUGUUCACGUUCCAAAACCGUAUCCAGUACUUCGUACGGUUCCUUACCCGGUGGAAAUAAAAGUCCCAGUGCCCAUGGAAAAGAAAAUUCCCGUUCCUUUCAAGGUUGAAGUGGAGCGUAAGGUUCCCAUUUACAUUCGGGCAAAUGAGCCAUAUAAAUUCGAGCCAUCACCUUUCGAAAAUUACAAUCACGGCGAAGAGUUCAAGUUUAAUACGGAACUUGAUCAUCCGCCACCCAGGGAUCACGAUGCUUCCUCCUUGUCUUCGAACUACUACAAUAGGGUUUACAAGCCAAAAGAACUGGAAUCGCCCAGACCAAGACCUGAGGAAUUUAGAGCUGCAGUGCCUCCGCAUUUUAUUCAUGAACCCGUAACAAAGAGUUCUAUUGAGCAGGACACGACGGGUCGGGAAGCAAUUGCUCUGAAGCUGGUGGUUCCCACUCCACAUAAUACUACUGUCAAGGAUCUGGAUACCGCCAAUUCGGCCCCGCCAUUCGUCAAUAGCUCAAGUUUUGACCUAAAUCCGCAAGAAUCAGCAAAUGCUUUUCGCGGUAUACCCUUUGCAUUGCCACUUCAUUUUGUCCAGCUCCAACCAAUGGCUUUCCAAAGCCCCAUUCACGUCGAACCAGGCCCAUCUGCUCCCGCAGAGGACACUCCGAAAUAA